GUCUUCUGCUGUUUUAAAAAAGUUUCAGUGCAGUGCGGUAGUGUUUAAAAAACGGCGAACUGUGAACGACACUGAACAAGGAGAUCGGGUGCGCCUCUUUGCUUUUUAUUUUUGUUGACACUCAUCAUAAUGUAGAAAAGAACACUAAUCUCAUCCAGUUGAUUUAUUAUUUUGUUUUAUUAUUGUUUUGCAAAACCCUUUGUCUUGCUUAUUUUAUUUAUUUCGACUUCUUACAAAGUUAAUGAAGACUAAACUAAAACUCAUAGCAAGAAGAUUGCGUGCAAAAAGUGGGAAAGCGAAACAUUUCAAGUGCGUUUCACGGUUAAUUUUUGUGUGAAGAAAACAAGUUUUGCGAAAUACAAACAAAAAAAUUAAAUAAAACUAAAAAAGCAAAGAACGCGAGCUUCAGCUUGUGUGACUUGACUUGACUCGACUUGAAACUGAAACACCAAACACCAAACAACUCCCUCAUCAGACAACAGAGUUGAAAUUCCAACAAUUUAUUUAUAUUUUCUAGUUUUAACAUCGCGAUGUCAUUAAAAAAGAAAGAUCCAUCAUUAAGAGUUGCUGCUAAUGAUCCGCACUUAGUGAGCCUUGGUGGUGGCCGAUUGAGUACGGCAGUUACAAUACAUUACAUACCCAUUGGUGAUAUGACAAUAGGUUCAUCGCCUACAUGCAGUGUCUCUCUAAACGGAUCUGGGGUGCGCCCGGUCCAUUGUACGAUUUAUCGUAGUGAAGAAAAUGAAGUGACCAUCGUUCCAGAAAGUGAAGCUAGAGUCCUAAUCGAUGGAACAAAACUCGAUGGCGAAACAAAUCUCACACAAGGCGCAAUGAUUACAAUUGGCAAUUCGAAUUAUUUGCGUUUCAAUAAUCCCGCCGAAGCCCAACUAAUACGUUCAGCAAUGGGCAGCAACGAAAGAAUCUCAAUGCCACAAAUUGACUUCACCCAAGUUCCGCGUCGCAAUUCGGGCCGAAGUAAUAGCAGCAGCAAUGGUGGUAGUGGUGGCUCUGAAGAAGCCCAAAUCGAAGCAUUCUACGAAUCGAAAAUUCAUCCGAAAGAAUCAAAACUCAUUCAAAACAUCGACAUAAAUGGUCUGACAUGUCCGAAAGUUUUCACAGCCGAUUCGAUAACAGUUAACACACCAGCUAAAGAUGUACUAGGUCCGAAAUAUGCAAAUUUUGCAAAGAAUCUCGCUGAGAAUCAUCGCAACGAAAAAAAUCAAAAAAUGAACAACUAUGUAAACAUUCCAGCUACAAGUUUUCUACAACAACAUCAACAUCAACAACAGCAGCACCAGCACCAUAACAACAGCAACCAUAAUAGUUCUUCGCCAAGUAUAAAUGGUGGAAGUGCUGGUGGCAAUGAGAUUCUGGCUAAAGUAAAUAAUAAUCUAUCGAGUAAUAGUAGAAACACUACACCAUAUGAUAAGUAUCCCAAAACAUAUGGUGGCUUGCAACUAUUUCCAAUGAAUGGUGUUAAUACUGAAAUCAACAAUUCGUCGUCAUCGUAUCAUAGUGUUACCUAUGAUUCGUUGACAGCACAUAACUCAUCACAGCAGAAUAUAUCGGCGCAGGAAAAUGAACGCCUGGAGGAGAUUCUUAAGAUUUGUACUGAGUACGAACGCCAGAAUUCGAGUAUUACCUCUUCACCCAUAGUUCAGAAUCGUAUUAAAACAAAUGGGUCUCUGCCGCGGGAAAAGAAAGGACCAUUCUAUGAUUUAAGCCCUCAACAUGCAGGAGGGCAUUCAAAAGUUUUCUUUCCCGACAAAUCCAAAUCGAGUUCUGGGUAUGAGAAUGUUCGACUCAUAGGCGAUCGAAGGGUAGAAAUUGGUGGUGGGAGUGGCAGCGGGGGUGGGACUCCAUCAAGUGGUUCGUGCAUUGGUUCCCCAAAGUCGGGCUAUGAGAAUGUUAUCGUCGGAAAGUAUGUACCACAAAGCCCAAGAACAAAAAUACGAACCACUUGCAUGUCACCCAAAAAGGAAAGCAGUUUUAAUGGUUCUUCGGUGUUUCAAGUUCAACAAAAACCGCAGACAAGUCACUCGACAUCAGAUUAUGAACAAUUGAUACAAACUUUUGAGGAUAAGCUGAAAAUGGAAAUGGAGGCCAUACAAGAUAAAAGUCGAUUAGCCAGUCCAACAUCAUCGUCUAAAGUUGGUUUCAGUUCAACUCCCAAAAGAGCGAAUAAGAACAUCAAUAAUUUGACUUUAAAUCUGAGCUUUGAUAAAAAAGACAAGGAGAAGCCAGUUCCUGCUGUUCGAAACCUUAAGACUAAUGUAAAAGUUCCUGUAGCGGAUUCGAAUGGCUCAGACAUUAAUCUGGAAAAGCUUAAGAGAACUCGUAAAGAAUUGCAAGCUAACAUUCUAAUGCUCAGGGCAGAAAUAGGAGAGUUGCGACUGCAGGAGGAAAACUCUUUAAGAAGCAUGGACAUGGAGAAAUCUAUUGGAUCAGCUGAACUCUUAUCCACCAAGGACAAUCUUGGGAAACUAGAAAAAUCCUUCACUUUGCUGCAAACAAAAAUUCAUCGAUUAGAAGCACAAAGAAAUGCCACACGUGUCAUGGAAGAAAAUCAACAGGCUAAGCUAAAGCAAUCAAUUGCUAUAAAACAAGACCAAGUAAAAAGACUGAAAACAAUGCUUAAAGUGAAACCCUCUGACGAUUGUUUAAAUGAAGAAUUCAAUAAGUGUUACGAAUCACUCGAGAACGAUCGUAAAACAUUUGAAGAUUUGGAAUUCCAGUAUCUGGAAGAAGAGUCCGAAUGGCAAGCAUACCGAGAAGAACUCCAUAUGGAACAAAAAGAUUUGUCCUCACAAAUUGAUGAACAACGAAAUAAAAUGCGACAAUUGGAGAACUCUGACUCUGCUAAUCGCAACGAUGCCUGUACCGAAGCUCAAACUUUAAAAAAUAACUUAUUAUCAUUGAUAAAUGAAUUACGGGAAUACAAAGAAGAAUUACGAACAGUAGAAGCCAAUAUAACGGAAAUAACUGGAGAACUCAACGGGCAAUCGGAUCCAUCAUCUGAAAAUGACGAUGAUGAUGAUGACAAUGACGAUGAUGACGACGAGGAAGAUGAUGAGAGCGAAAUGUCACCGGCCGAUAAUCAACAUGGAAUAAUGUCGCAAUCUCUGUUCGGAUCAGCAGAAAUUCUCUGUCCAAAACGCCAUCCAGAAGACAUUAUGUCAAAGAGUGUUAACGAGAAUAUGUUCUAUAACAAUAAAAUUGAAUUGCCAUCACAACAGCCAGCAACAAGCACACCCAAGAGGAAACUAGAAGUUGUUGACAUAAAAGAUGAUUAUAUCAACGAUGCACCCGCUCUCCCCCCUAGGCAGCCUUAUAAGAGUUCUCAAGAUUCGCCAUCGGUUGAAGAACAAGUUGUUCGUCGAUUGCACAAAGAAGAAGAGGAUCCAUUAUUAAAACUUAAAUACAAUGUAAAUGGAGAACAGGAGCAGACAGGUGAACGAGUCAAUUUUAAUCUAUCGCUUGGUAGUGAUGAUUUUGAGGUUAAUCCAUUGGAGCGAAGAAUUCCAUCACAGGAUGAUAUCGAUAGAAUUUCAAAGGUGACUUCAGAUGCACCAAUUUCAACCAAAGGAGCCAGUAAUAAGAUAUUUGACAGUAUUAAAGAAAUUGAGAGAAAUCGACAGUUAUUGCUGGCACAGCAAGGAUGCCAUGUUAUUGAACAUGCAAGACAAAAAAUGGUCGAUUUGAAAAAGAAAAGUCAUGAUGAAGCACGUGCACAGUAUUUGUCUAUGUUGAGUACUAGUUUAGAUAACUCAACAAGUAAUAAGGAUGUCAUGGAGUCGACGGAAAUGGAUGAUUUGACGGAUAAAGAGAAUCGGCAGCAACAGGUGGAAGAUGCAGACAGAAAAUUAGUCGGUUCCAGUACCACCACCGCCAGUAACAAACACAGUAGCAGAACAAAUGCAAACAGCACCAACAACGAAAGCACUAAUAAUGAUCAAAAUAAAUCUAGUCAAAAUCGUCACUCACAGCCAGAAUUAGAAUCACAACGAUCACGACCCUUGUCCGAGGCAAAUUCAGAAUUGAGUUGUGAUCUUUUAUCAGAGAAUAACUACAAAUCCAGCAUAGAGCUAUCUUCAUCGACGGGUGGUGGUGGUGGUGGUGGAGGCGGUAGUGGAGGAGGAAUAGGAGGUGGUGGUAAUCGUCACUCAGAACAAAGCGACGAUGGUAAACGCUCAAGUGUCAAUUCAAGUGACACAACAAGCAGUGAUCGACUACAGUCGGGCAAUAAGAGAUCACUGCCAAAACAUCAACGACCACUUACUCGGUAUUUACCGAUCUUCUCACCCGAUUUAGAUUUACGACAACACAUUGAAUCGGCAGGUCACCAGAUCGCCCAGUGCCCACAUGUUUUUGUUGAUUCAUACAGCUGUCGAGGGUAUUUGCACAAACUAGGCGCCACAUUCCAUGGCUGGUCAAGGAGAUGGUUUGUUUUGGAUCGGCAACGUAACGCAUUUAUUUACUAUUCGGAUAAGUCGGAAAGGAAACCUCGUGGUGGCGCGUAUUUUUCGACAAUUGACGAAGUCUAUCUGGAUCAUUUAAAUGCAUCAAAAAGUGGCCGACCACAUUGCACAUUUAUUGUUAAAACAAAAAAGCGUAGCUAUCACCUGCAAGCAGCUUCAGAUUCAGCAGCUCGAAUUUGGAUAGAUGCCAUCAUAACUGGAGCUCAAGGAAAUUUAGAUUAUUAGAACACAAACAAAAAUGUCUGUUCUUUGUAUAUUAUAAGCUUAUUAUUAGACUUUAACCGUAUUAAAAGAAAAGAAAUCACAGGAUUAACUCUCCAUAAAUACAGAUUUCUAUGCCAAAGUGAAUUUUCAAAUUCAAAAACAGUAUAAAACUCUUAAAAAAAUAAAAACAAAAAUAAAAUACACUAUUUUUUAGCGUAGUGCGACAUGUAUUUUUUUAUAAAUUAGCCUUUAAGAAAACUCAUUAUCAAACGUUAAUUGCUCAUGUUUUUCAAAACUAACUAGUAUUUCAUUGAUCAUAGAAAUGGGAAUGAAUUAGCGCCAAACAAUAGUUUCUAUAUGUAUGUGCCUUUGUUUUGUUUAUUUAAAGGAUUACAAUAUUUAUAUAAAUUAAAACUGAUGUUAAUUAAAGAGAAUUCUUAGUGAACUUCUUAGGCACUUUAGUUAGUUGUGAAAUUUAUUGCAUUAAUUAGUUAUCUGAUGCUUAGAUUGUUUGCUUACUUAGAAACAUUUUUAUUGUUUUCAAUUCAUCUAACUUUUUUUUUUAUACAUAAUAUAUAUUUUACAUUUAUAUAAUUAAUAUAUACAAACUUUAAAAUUUAAAAAAAAUUAUUUCAAAUGAAAUAGUAGAGUUAUUGUAGUAAUUGUUGUUUGUGAGUUAAUGCAGACAUUUCAAAACAUAUAGUGUCAGAUUAAGAAAGUACGAAAAUAGAUCUAAAUUUUGUUUAUUAAAACUAAAUUUAUUAUAUACAUAAUUUCAUAUUUUGGAUUGACUUGUGUUUUAUCAAGAAUUUACCUUCUUUUAUUUAUAAUAAUUUAUAAUUUAACAAUAAACAUAUAUGCAUACAUAUUAUAUGCGCAUAUAAAUCGAAA